AUGAAUUUCCACAUUCCUCGGCGUUUUGAACCCAAAAUCUCAGCUUUAGGCCGCAGAUUUGUCUCAUCCCUUCCAGUACGUGAAAACCCAUCAAUUUUUUGCGACCAAAAUGUUAAUAAUGUCACCAAACCGAACCCUUUUCACAUCCUUAAGGACCCCAACAAGCCAAGAAAAGUCAAGCUUAAAGAUACUAAAAUCGUUCACGCAAAUUUACUGAGAACCCAUGAUCUUUACUUGGAUAUGUUUCGAACAAAUUAUUUGCUUGAUUGUUACUUCGAAUGUGGUAGUACAAAAUAUGCAUUUAACUUAUUUGAUGAAAUUCCUGACCCAAAUUCUGUUUCUUGGAAUUUGAUGUUGUCUGGUUGUAACAAAAAUAUGUUGUUUGAGGACUCAUGGAGGUCUUUUUGUGAGAUGCAUCGGUUUGGUUUGGAAAUGGGGGAGUAUACUUAUGGGAGUGUGUUUUCUGCGUGUGCAGCUUUGGGAUGCGUGCUGCGGGGAGAGCAAAUUUAUGGGAUUUCGAUAAAAAAGGGAUUUUUUUCGAAUGGGUAUGUCAGGGUUGGAAUGAUGGGUCUGUUUUCGGAGAGUGGUAGGUUUGACAAUGCUUUGAGGGUAUUUUAUGAUGUUCCUUGUGACAAUGUGGCUUGUUGGAACGCUAUUAUUUCCGGAGCCGUGAAAAAUAUGGAGUAUUGGGUUGCUUUGGAUAUUUUUAGUAACAUGUGCCAUCGGCUAAUCAUGCCUAAUGAAUUUACUAUUUCAAGUGUUGUAACUGCUUGUGCUGCUCUUAAAGAUUUUGAUUUUGGUAGAGGGGUUCAAGCAUGGAUGAUUAAGUGUGGUAUAAAAGAAGAUGUUUUCUUAGGCACUGCUAUUCUUAGUUUUUAUGCUAAAUCUGGGUGUAUGGAUGAUGCUGUUAGACAAUUCUGGUUCAUGCCUGUCCGCAAUGUUGUUUCAUGGACUACUAUGAUCUCUGGUUUUGCUCAGAAUGGUGAUUUUGUAUCUGCUGUUGAAUUCUUUAGGCAAAUGAGAAAUAUGAAUGUGGACAUUAAUCAGUACACUAUCACAAGUGUUCUUAUUGCUUGCACAAAUCCUGAUGCAGUUAAGGAGGCAAUUCAAAUUCAUUGUUGGAUUUUUAAAACUGGGUUCUACUCAGACUCAGUGGUGAAAGCUUCUUUGAUCAAUUUGUAUGCUAAGAUUGGAGCAAUUGAUGCAUCUGAGAUAGUUUUUCUAGAGAGUGAAGGUAUGAAGCACCUGAGUACCUGUGGUACAAUGAUUUCUGCUUUUGCUCAGCACAAAAGUUCCAAACAGGCCGUUAAUUUGUUUCAUAGAAUGCUCCAGGAGGAUGUCAAACCUGAUAAGUUCUGUACCACUAGUGUCUUAGGUAUUAUUGACUCUCUAAAUAUGGGGAGACAGAUCCAUACCUAUACCAUUAAGACUGGGCUAGUUUUUGAUGUUUCUGCAGGCAGUUCUCUUUUCACAAUGUAUUCCAAGUGUGGGAGCUUAGAAGAGUCUUAUAAUGUCUUUAAUCUACUUGAACGCAAAGAUACCAUUUCAUGGGCCUUAAUGAUUACCGGUUUUGUUCAAAAUGGCAGUGCAACUAAAGCCAUUUAUUGUUUUAGAGAGAUGUUAUCUGAAGAAAUUGUGCCUAAUGAGAUGACUUUAACUGCCAUUCUCACUGCAUGUUCUGCUCUUUGUUUGUUAAGGACUGGGAGAGAAGUACAUGGAUUCAGUCUUCGGAACUAUAUGGGCGACCAAGCCUCCGUAGGCAGUGCACUGGUUAGUAUGUACUCAAAAUGUGGCAUUCUAAGCUCUGCAAGGAGAGUGUUUGACAUGAUUCCCAGAAAGGACCAGUUCAUGGGUUCUGCUAUGGUUUCUGGGUAUGCACAAGGUGGUCACCCUGAGGAGGCAAUUCACCUCUUCUGUGAUAUGCUUGUCGAUGGUUUGGUUAUUGAUGCCUUCACAUUGUCAGGCGUCAUUGGAUGCCUUGCAGAUUUAGGUAGAUUAGGCAUUGGUAGUCAAAUUCAUGCCCUGGUCAUUAAAAUGGGUUUUGAGUCUGAAGUAUCUGUUGGAAGUUCACUGCUUGUUAUGUACUCAAAAAUUGGAAGUAUUGAGGAUUGCCGUAAAGCAUUCCAACAAAUUAAGGCACCUGACAUUAUUAGCUGGACAGCCUUGAUUGCAAGCUAUGCUCGACAUGGAAAAGGGACAGAGGCUUUACAAAUUUAUGAACUCAUGAAAGAGUCAGGUACCAACCCUGAUUCAGUGACAUUUGUUGCUGUUCUAUCAGCGUGUAGUCAUUGUGGUUUGAUUGAAGAAGGAUUCUUUCAUUUUUCUUCAAUGAAGAAGGACUAUGGAAUUGAGCCCGGUUAUAGACAUUAUUCCUGCAUGGUGGAUCUUCUUGGUCGUGCAGGAAGAUUGAAGGAUGCUGAAAGCUUUAUCACUUCCAUGCCAAUAACACCUGAUGCACUCAUAUGGGGAACACUACUGGCUUCUUGCAAAGUACACGGUGACAUGGAUCUUGCGAAGCUAGCAGCUGAAAAGGUCAUGGAGUUGGAGACACAUGAAGCAGGAACUUAUGUCUCUAUGGCAAACAUCUGUGCUGACAUGGGCCAGUGGGACAAUGUUCUGAAGCUCAGAAGUGAAAUGGCAGGAACUGAAGUGAUAAAGGAACCUGGAUGGAGUUCUUUAUAAGGUACAAUAUUAUGGUUUUAUGAAAUUAUCUUUCCAUUUACUACAUGGAUUAAAAUGUCUCGGAUUUGGGAAGUCAAGAGGUGAUCUGGAGUAAAUUGACAAACUAUGAAAAAGAAGCAUAUGUGGUUUGUUGGACAAUCAGUUUAAUGGGAUCUCUUGGAUCCUCUUCAUCCCAUCUACUUACAACUGCACCACUUCACUCUUUAGCUUGGAAUAUGCACUUCUGAUAUUGAGAAUAAUUACAAGCACAAUAUCUUCUGGUGGAAUUUUGUAGCUGAUUUUCUCUUUGCAUCCUCAUAUAUCUUUCACUUGCUAUGUUAAGUAAUUGAGCAGAAUCCAAUUCGUACUUUUAUUACACGUGGAUGAAGUUCCAGAAGUGGUCAAGACAUUCAAACUCAGGGAGUUGGACAAUUGCAUGUUUGUAUACUUGGACAAUUGAGCAGAAAAAUUCCAGAUUCAUUUUUACAGAGAAUACCUGCUUCUGUUUUAAAAAGGUUGGCUAGUUUACAAGUGCUUUGGUCUCCUACUUAACUUACAUUUGAAAGGUGUUUCAACCAAUUGUAAGUUUCAUUAUCUAGUCUAUUAAACUUGCAAACCACAUGCAUCAUGGAUGUUGAAGAUUCUUUCUCAACUGAAUCUGCAAGUUGAAGGCCCCUUUGGGAUGAUCAAUUCAGCGCAUCCAUAGAAAAGUCAAGGGAAGAAACACGAGGAAGAUGUAAAUCCUCCCAUGGAACUUAAAACAUGUCUCUGCUCUUUCUAGGUGCAAUGCAAUGUCACAUCAACUUGAUUGACUUUGCUCAAGUUGUGAUGAGUCUCUCAAGGAAGUUGUGAUGGAUGGCUUGAGGAAAAUCUUGGUGCGGCUAAACAUGUGUAGGAUCUGUUCACAUGUAUCAUGUAUGUAUAGUGUGUGUGGUAGGAUUCUGUUAGAAGAUUUCAUCAUUGCUAAAGAAUAAAUGUUGAAGCCUAACUUCAAAGAGUUCGCUCAGAUUCUAUACUAUUUCUGAAUCUAGUACGAGUGAGGUAGUUACUUUGGGUGAAAUUCAUGCAAUUUUGACAGCUUAAUUUAUUUAGCUUUGACUUUUGUCUGUAAGGAGCUAGUAUGCAGCAUAUUAUAUGGAAACCUUUUGUUUCACUAAAGUAGCUUUUGAUUGUAAACAUCCCCUGAAGCUUCAAAGUAUCUACAGGGAAUGGUUCAAAGUCUCGGCCGAGACCAAGACGACUUGGCCGAAUCAUCAUCGGAACAGACCCUUCCGAUACGAUAUCAGGACGAAAUCAUUCCUAGAU